AUGGCACGGCUGGCGCGUGAUGCAGCAUCCCUGCUGGCACUCGAUCUAACCACAAACGACUUAUCUGCAUCUGCCCCCUCCUCCACCUCUCGCCCCAGCAGUCCGUUUUCCGGCCCGCUCUCUGGCCUGCUCCGCCGGUCCAAAACCCCCCCUCGCUCCCCCAACCAGACCCCUCCACGCACCCCCCCGCGCUCCCCCUCCCACACCCCCACCCACACGCCUCCUCGCACCCCCCCGGGCGGGGCCAGUCCGAACCGGUUCUUAGAUAAGUGCAGGAGUGCGAGACUCGACCGCCCGAGUAGUCCUCUCAGGUUUGACCGGCCUGGGAGUCCCCUAAAGGGGGUCUGGGUGGGAGGGGGGUCGGAAGUGACUGCUUCUUGGAGAGAGAGGGUGAGCAUGGCAGCAUCACCCAUGGGAAACGAUGGAGGGGAGGGAGGUGCGGGGGAAGGAGGGUGGCGCGAAGGAGGAGGAGGAGUUGACGGGGGGGUUGAAGGGAGCUGGCCAGCAAGAGAAGGAGCAGCAGUUGCAGCGACAGAAGUAGCAGCAGGGGGCAUGGUUCAGAGAGAAGAGGCAGUAGAGGAAAUGAGAGGAGGAGGGGGAGGGGGAACACCAGUAGCAGCAGCAGGGGCAAGUGCAAUGAGGGGAGGGGGAGCAGAGGCAGCAGCACUAGACAAGGAAGCGGCACUUGAAAACGCGUGGAUGAUGGCGGAAGGGGAGGAGGAAGAAGAAACUCCAGACUUUGACGAUUUCAGCCGCACCCGAACCUUCACCUCCGCCAUCCUAGCCGGAAUCACCAAGAGAGUCACCGGACCUAAGGCUGGGCCUGCCAAGCCUGGAUCCACCAAGCCUGGGUUCGCCAUGCCUGGGCUUGGCAAGAGGGAGGAUCCGGGUAGUAGCAGCAAGACGGUGGUUCCGAGGACUGUUAGUGAUACGCUCAAGGAUGCAGCAAAGGAGGGAAUGGUGAAGGGCGAGGGGAAGCAGGGCAAGUGGUGGGCUUUCAGGGAGAAAGGGGAAGAGAGCGGUAGGGGGUUAGGGGGGCCUGGAUGGGGUAUUCUGGCCUCCAAGCAGAGACCAGGAGAGGAGGGUGGGGGUUCAAAGGGUGCACCUGCUGUUGAGACACAUGGAUCAGGUAGGUUUGGUGGGCAUAAUGGGGAUAAGGACGAGGAGAAGGAGAAGGAGCAUGGGGGAAAGUCGCAGAUUUCGUUCGGGUCUGUUGCUGAUUCUGCUCUGCUGUCGGGGCUGCCUUCGUUCCUUAAGUCGGUCACUUUCACCUCUGCUGAAUCCCAGGCGCAUCACCAGCAGCAGCAGCAGCAGCAGCAGCAGCAGCAGCAGCAGCAAGAGGAGGAGGGGGAGGAACAGCUGCGGAUGCAGCAGCGGGAUGAGAUGCCGGCAGAGUUGUCAAGUCAUGCACAGGAGAUUGAGGCACAUUGGGGACCGUACGAGUCGUAUGAAUCGCGGGAACACACACAACAGCACAGAGAAGCAGAUGAGGAGGAGAACCCUGAAGAGCAGCAGCAGCAGCAGCAUAGGCCGUGGGGGUCUGCUGUGAGGUGCAGCUCGGUGGAGGAGGGUACAGCACGCCCUGUUGUCACUCCUCGGGUCGCCUACUUCUCGUUCGACAAGUACCGAGAGGCUGUAGCAGGGGGAGGUUCUUCCGGGGGAGGUGCAUCUGCUGAGGAGCGCGAUGCGGAGGGGUACCUGAUGUCUCACUCCUUUGGAAGCGGGAGGGCUAGAGGCAGGAGCAGCUGCAGCGGCAGAUAUGGCAGCAGCAUUGGCGGUGGUGGUGGUAGUGGGAGUCUGACUCCACCUCCUAGUGGAGCAUUGGGGAAGAGUGGCAGUGGUUGCCUGACCCCUCCCCCUGGCACCCUGGGAGCGGCAGCAGGAGAGGGUUUAUUCCGUCAACAGAGGACACGUCUAGUAGGAGGCACGGAGGUGACUGGAGGCACGGAGGAGACUGGACUCACGGAGGAGACUCGACCGCUGGGGAAAGCAACAACAGCAACCACAGACGCCAGAGGAGCCAGAGUUUUGAGUCAUCUCGAAGCAACCACAGCCACAGCAGCAGCUAUAACCAGAGGAACACCUGCGUUCGCAGCCACAGCCAUAGCUACAGCCAGAGCCACACCCAGAGCCAGAGCCACGAGCAGGAGAGCCACAGUAGCAGACAAGAGAGCGAGGGAACGAGAAGCGGAUAGAUGGGACGAGGCAGAGCAAGGGGAUGGUGUUCGAGGGCGAGUAGGGUCAGGCUGCAUGGGUGGAGAGGGGGAGGGGGCGCUUCUGACUGCUAGUCUGGGAAGGCGGGUUGGGGAAGGGCAAGGGGGUCUGCGUGGGUCGCGGCUGGGGAAGGGUGGUAGGGGCGACAAGGGGGCAGUGAGAGGGGUGGAGGAGGGUGAGAGGGAGGAGGGGGAGGAGGAGGAGGUGGGGAGUUGUGGUUCCCGUGCAAGCAGGGUGGCGGAUGGAACGUCGGGUGGGGCACGGCCAAAGUACGACAGGAAGGCCAGGAGUCGCACGUUUGGCAAUCCAGAAGAACUCGUUGACCUCUACCCUCCCCCCGGCGCCUUUGAGCGAUCCCACUCCACACCUGAGCGGCGGCGCCCUCUCGAUCGCCCAGCAACCUCCUCUGCUGCAGCAGGGGCUGGGAGACCGCCCAUCCACCACGCCCACUCCGCCUCUCUGGCUGCUCGUUCCCUGGUGAACGGCCAUGGGAGCGGACAGAGGCAGAGAGGAGGUGAGUCCGGGCGGAUUGGAGGGAGCAGAUUGUCUGGGAAACAGCAGAGGAACCCCGGGUGGGACGAGCAGCAGGGGCGGCAUGGGGAGGAGCAUGAGCACAAGCAGGGGUAUGAGGAGCAGCAGUAUGAGCAGAACUAUCAGCAGCAGCAAUUGCGGGAUAAGAAGCAGCAGAAGGGGCAUAAGGAGACAGGUGCAGGGCUGCAUGUGGUGUGGAGACAGUUGGAAGGGGAGGAGGAGGAAGAGUGGGGCAGGCAGAACUCAGAUCCUGUACAAGGUGGCAAGGGGAGGGUGAAGGCCGUAAGGAGACAAGUGCAGGACGAGGAGGAAGAGUGGGAUAGGCAGAACUCAGAUCCUGUACAAGGUGGCAAGGGGAGGGUGAAGGCCGUAAGGAGGCAAGUGCAGGACGAGGAGGAAGAAUGGGAUAGGCAGAACUCAGAUCCUGUGGCAGGCGGCAGGGGGAGGGUGAAGGCUGUAAGGAGGCAAGUUCAGAACGAGGAGGAUGGAGAGUGGGGCAGGCAGAAUUUAGAUCCUGUAAAAGGGAGCAGGGAGAGGGUGAGGGCUGGAAGGAGGCACGCGGAGAACGAGGAGGAUGGGGAGGAUGGAGAAUGGGGACGGCAGCACUCAGAACCUGCGAAACGCGGCAGGGAGAGGCUGAAGGCGGGAAAGGGGAACGAGGAGGUCAAGGAGGAGGAAGCAUGGGAUUCUGUGGAAGGUGGCCGGUCUCUGAAUGCUGGACGGAGGUAUGAGGAGGCCGAGGAGGAGGAAGGAGAAUGGGCUGAGGAGGACGGAGAGUGGUCCAGGCAGAAGCACUGGAAUCAUGGGACAGAUGGCAGGGAGAUGGAGAAGGCGGGACGGAGGCAAGUGGAGGAGAGGGAAAUGGCUGGAUACGGUGGGGGCGAUUAUGAGGAGAAUGCAGGGGAGGAAGAGGGGGAGGAAGAGGAAGAGGCAUGGGAUGGGGAAGAGGUGGAAGAAGAGGAGGAGGAGGAUGAAGAGGAGAAGGAGGAGGAGGAAGAGGAGGAGGAGGAUGGGGAAGAGGUGGUGGAGAGUGGACGAACGAGAUGGUCCAGAGAUUGUGGAGCAAGUCAGGGUAAAGGAAUUGGGGUCAAACGUGUUGAAGGGAGAGCAGGGACAAAAUCUGGAAUGAAGCCUUCUCGCAGGUGCGACAGUGGAAGGGGCAAAGUCGAUGGAAGAAACAGUGGGAGUGAGGGUGAAGAGGAGCAAGGGGAAAGGAACUUUACUUAUGAGAAGGAGCAUUCGCGAGGAAAGGGGAGAGGAGAGGGAGGGUGGGAAGGAGGCAGUGGUGGUUAUGGGGAGAGGCGGCAGCAAUGGCGUGACAGUCAAGAAGUGGAGGAGGAGGGAGAGGAGGAAGGGAGUGAUAAGGAGGAUAGUAAGGAGUGGAGUGAGUGUGAGGAUAGUGAGGUGGAGAAUGGGGAUGGUGAAGGGAGUGGGGAAGUGGUGAGUGGAGAUGAGGACGAGAGUGCACAACAUGAAGUGCGCAGAAAGAGCGGAGAGGGACAGUACAGCUACAGAGGUGGGGACAGAGAUGCGGACAGAGAUGGGGACAGAGAUGGGGACAGAUAUGGGGACAGGAAGAAACAGUCGCAAAGGAGCAGUGGUCGGCAGCAGCAGAGUGCACAGGGGUUUAAAGAGAGGCGUAACGGAGAAAAGGAAGGCAUGCACAGCAGGUACAAAGGGGAGGGGGAUGAAGUGUAUAGAAGAAAUGGGGAAGAAGUACCGGUAUAUGGGAGUGAUGUGUACGAUAGGGGCUAUGGAGACAUGGGGGGAGGUGAGGAGGAAGAUGAGGGGGGGUACAGAAAGGGCCGCUCUAGUCAAGAGAAGUACACUUACCAGGAAGUCGAGAGGGGUGGAGCAAGGAAUAGUGGUGCACGUCACUCCCGCACUUCCAGCUGCUUGGACCAGAAGAGUCAGGAGGGCGAGAGAAAUGCAGCAAGGGGUGGUGGUAGUGGUAGUAGUGCACGCCACUCCCGCACUUCCAGCUGGUUGGACCAGAAGAGCCACUCUCACCGGCCUGGGCGAUAG